GGACUUGUCCUGUUAUGUGCCUCCAGUCUUGGAAAACAACGAGUGGUCCAUUUGGCUGCAAAGGAUAGAACUGGCCUCGUGGGUUAUCUUAGGGAUAACAAGGCCAAGCUACUUUCGCCCGCUCUGGAGACACUGGCCAAAGAAUAUAAGGUUCCCACUCUAAAUGAUCCUCAACUGGCAGAUAACGUGGGAGGAGGAUCUCGAAAACGUGUCAGAAAUGACGCACAACAAUCGCCACCAAGAAAGCGUAAUAGUACUCAAACGAGAAGCUCAACCAGCCUCCGAGCGUCGUCGGAGAUCGCAUACGCCGUCCCUAAACAACGUCCCAGAAUGUGACAAUUCAAACUCACUGGACGGCUCUUCACUAGCCCCAGAACACACAGCUGCACAGACGAGCGAAGUUUCUCUCUUCGGUGAUAUGCGUCCCACCCAAGAAGUUCGAGUUGAAGUACGAGGUGCAGAUCUAUUCAAGUUCCGUCAACAAAAAUUUGGAGAAUCCGGGACUGUUGCAAUAAAAUGCCCAUUUGGUGGCAAACCAUUGCCAUCGGUUGGAAUAGCAUUCGGAUCGUCAAAUAUACUAUAUGUUAAGAUGGAGUUUUCAAUGGAACUGUGCGGAGCAAUUGUUGAGCAUGUUAGAGUUGCAGAAGAUAAAGUUUUGCGAGGUAAGAUGAGGUGA